GGCGGCGGCGGCGGCGGAGCAGGAUGGAGAUCCCCGUGCCUGUGCAGCCGUCGUGGCUGCGCCGCGCCUCGGCCCCCCUGCCCGGGCGCCUCUUCGACCAGCGCUUCGGCGAGGGACUGCUGGAGGCCGAGCUGGCUGCGCUCUGCCCCGCCGCGCUGGCCCCCUACUACCUGCGCGCACCCAGCGUGGCGCUGCCUACCGCCCAGGUGCCGACCGACUCCGGGCAUUUCUCGGUGCUUCUGGACGUGAAGCACUUCUCGCCGGAGGAAAUCGCCGUCAAGGUGGUUGGCGAACACGUGGAGGUGCAUGCGCGCCACGAGGAGCGCCCGGAUGAGCACGGAUACAUCUCGCGCGAGUUCCACCGCCGCUACCGCUUGCCGCCUGGCGUGGAUCCUGCCACCGUGACGUCCGCGUUGUCCCCUGAGGGUGUCCUGUCCAUCCAGGCCGCACCCGCGCCGGCCCAGGCCCCACUCCCGUCGCCGCCGGCUGCUGCCAAGUAGGGGUCUGGCUGGGCACGCCUGAACGCCGGGAGCCGCCUCAGGCCCCCUCUUUUAAAGCCGACCUGACUCCGCCCAGCCAGAUGUCCUGAGCGCGCCAAGACUACCCAUCCACCCAAUCUGGGAUCCCGCCCUGACCCUUCCAACCUAGACUCAGUCCUGAUAACCUAGACCUCUCCACUGACACUCCCGCUCUCACAAGCCCUCCAGCUUUCAAACCCUCAACACCUUCCUAGGUUCCGGACCCUUCAAGCACAAUGCCUUAGCCUGCAGUCUCCCAUCCCCACUGACCCCCCUUUCUUGGCAUAUAGCCCCACUCAAAACUCCUUAUUUCCUCUGACUCUUCUAGGAAAAUAUCUCCACACCCCAUUUCGAUCCCCUCCCCUCUGUGACACCGGAUUAUGGUGUACACAGCCCUGCCCCCACCCUAGGCCAGUCCAGCAUAAUCCCCCUCACCCCUCAAAUGUCCCAGACUCUGCACAGACCUUCCACCCCAGACCAUCCAAGCCUGGCUCCCAAGGCUCUGGAUCCUUCCCCUCACUCCAACCAGACACUCCACUCUCCCUACUUGCCUCCCCCAACCCAUCUUCUGACUUGAAACCCUAGCCAGCCACCCCCACCCCUGAACUCCUUUUCUAACCCCCACUCUUGGACACCGAUUCUAGCCAACCAGGACCCUCAACCUCAAACUACAGAUACCCUACCCCAUUCCCCCAGACUCUGCAGAUAUCCUAGGCCCCCAUCACCAACUCUAACCAUAACCCCCCAGUCACUCUGUCCUGACCCCCAACUCUCCAAUCACAUAUCCCAGGCAAUCCACCUUCCAUGCACCUCCCCUUCUUCUCCAAGACCCAACCAAGUAGCCACUCUGAUUCCCCACAAUCUUUCUCCCUCCUUGAAUUCCCUGCUGCCCCAUCUCCUCACUCCUAACCAGGCCCACUGCCCCAAUAAAUGUGCUAAAGCUGUG